GAUAAUGGGGCAUCAUUUCCCAUCGCUCUGAAAAUCCUGGACAUAUUGUUGCCGCGUCGAAGGAGUGGCGGCGACACUAACCUUGCAUGCGUAAAGUUGCGGGGGAGGUAGCCAAGGCGACGGAAGAUUUGGGCUGCGCACGGCCGCCCAAUGACAUGCGCUCGGGUAACGCUUCACCGAAAACACAAACUUCUGCCCAGUCAUAUUUCCCCACGGGGUAGCUACAAGCUUUCGCUGGCGGCCUCGGCAUGCUUGAUUCCGAUCUUCAAUUUCGCGACAUUGUUGUGCGACACAAAGGCAGCUUGCAGGACUCUUUCACCUGAGCAAUUCUGUAGUCACGUGCGUACACUUUGGCCGAGGCCCGCAGACCAAUGCACUCCCACUCACUUACAACCGCCAUAGUCACGCUUGACUCAGUGGCACAGCUAGUCGAAUCGUCUCGUUAACAAAGU